AUGGCAGGCGAAGCUGGAGGUCUGCUCACUUGGCGACCAGCACCGCGGCCCCCAAAGGAUUAUUCUGGGCCUCUCAUGGCAGGAACAAAUGUCCACGCCCUUGUCUGCUUCACGGGUGCUCCUCCAAACCCACGGAUCCUGGACAGCAGGCAUAUCGCCAGAUGGCAGGCACCCGCAGAUCGUCGGUCACUGCCAUCUUCCAGUGAUGGCAUGGGCUGCCUGCGCCAACUAGGUAGCCGCGAACUUCACAAUUGCCAGGCAGCCGGGCAUGAGCUAAUGCAGAUUGCAGAUGGAAUGUCAUUGGCGGUGCCAGCUGCGGUUGGGCUGGCUGCUCUGAUUGGUGGGUUCUUUGCAUAUCGAGCAUACCUGUACGGGCAGAUGGAGUACAUAACAGCUUCAAUGCUCACCAACAAUGUGCCAAAAGGUGCAAGAGUAGUACAAGUUGGUGGUGGAACACGUGAGGUGUUCUACUACCCCAAGGGUACCAUUCAGAUCAAUGUUGUUGGUGAGGAUAUUAAUGAAGGGCUAAUCAGCAAUGCUGGAGUGCAAGCGGCCAUUCCUGUCGCCCCACACAAACAGCCACCCACAAACCUGUCCUUUGCUGCGGGAAGCACAAUGGAUGCGGUGGUAAUCUUCGAGCUCCUCUCUGGGAUGGAGGACGUCCGCUCCUUUUUUGAUGAGGUCAACAGAGUUUUGAAGAUUGGCGCGCCCCUCAUCUUUGUUGAGAAAGACAGCGAGCCCCUGAGGAAAGUGCUGGAAGAGGCAUCCAAGUUGUUUACCGGGUUGCAGUGGGACAUGGCUCUGGAGGGUCAAGACCCACACGUUGUUGGGAUUGCCUUUAAAAAGGAUUUUGAAGCUGUCAAGAUGCCAGAGAAGCGGCAAAACAAAGUGAAGCAGGGGAAGAAGGGCUUUCAGGAUCAAGACUAG